GCCAUGGGCGGCCCUUCAACUAUUUAAGUAGCUCGAUCGUCCUCUUCCUUCCCCACUCCACCGCAAGACGCAAGUCUCAAUCGGCUUCAUUCCCCCUCUCAAAUCGCCGUCUUUCACGUCGCUUUUUCAUCUCCAUUCCUCUCGUCCAGAACUUAAUUCCACAAUGGCAUUGAAUUGUUAAGCCUUGGAAUUAGAGAUUGCCUGCCUGCCUGCAACAACCUCUUCUCUGUUCCACUUCAAGGCCGAGCGAGGAGAUUAUGGCCGAUCGAUUCGACUUCCUGUCGCACCGGAGGUGCGUGUGGGUGAACGGUCCGAUCAUCGUCGGAGCCGGGCCGUCGGGGCUGGCCGUCGCCGCGGGGCUGAAGGAGCACGGCGUGCCGUCGGUGAUCCUCGAGCGCGCCGACUGCAUUGCCUCGCUCUGGCAAAAGCGCACCUACGACCGGUUGAAGCUUCACCUCCCCAAGCAGUUUUGCCAGCUGCCCAAAUUCCCCUUCCCCGCCGACUACCCCGAGUAUCCCACCAAGAAGCAGUUCAUCGACUACUUGGAGUCCUACGCCAGCCACUUCGGCAUCAAUCCUACUUUCAAUCAGGCCGUGCAGUCGGCGAGGUACGACGAGACCAGCGAGUUGUGGCGCGUGAGGACCGCCGGACCUGCAACCGAGGUCGAGUACAUCGGCCGCUGGCUGGUCGCCGCCACCGGCGAGAACUCGGAGAAAGUAGUCCCUGAGCUGGACGGGCUCAGGGAGUUCGCCGGCGACGUGAUACACGUGUGCGACUACAAGUCUGGCGAGAACUUCGCCGGAAAGCGCGUGCUGGUGGUCGGCUGUGGCAACUCCGGCAUGGAGAUCAGUCUCGACCUCUGCGACCACAAUGCCUUCCCGGCCAUGGUGGUCCGCGAUAGGGCUCAUGUACUGCCGCGGGAAGUGCUCGGUAAAUCAGUAUACGAGUUGGCCGUCGUGAUGAUGAAAUGGCUGCCUCUGUGGCUGGUGGACAAAAUCUUGCUGGUGCUCGCUUGGUUUGUACUCGGGAGCACAGAGAAGUAUGGAUUGCGGCGGCCAUCGGUCGGUCCUCUGCAGCUGAAGAACACGCAGGGGAGGACCCCUGUUCUCGACGUGGGUGCUCUUGCCAAAGUAAAAUCCGGAGACAUCAAGGUCGUUCCCGGAAUCAAGCGCUUCUCCGCCGGAAAGGUGGAGCUCGUCGACGGUCAAGUUCUCGACAUCGACUCCGUCAUCUUGGCUACCGGAUACCGCAGCAACGUGCCUCAGUGGCUUCAAGGAUGUGAUUUCUUUUCCAAGGACGGGUUCCCAAAGACUCCAUUCCCAAAUGGGUGGAAAGGAGAGUGCGGGCUGUACGCUGUCGGUUUCACCAAGAAAGGGCUCGCCGGAGCUGCCUCCGACGCGGUGAGGACGGCGGCGGACAUCGGCAGGAUAUGGAAGGAGGAACUCAAACCGGCCAAGAGACUCUUUGCUUGCCAUAGAAGAUGCAUCUCACAGAACUAAUCAAUCACUGCCAAGAGACUCUUUGCUUGCCAUAGAAGAUGCAUCUCACAGGACUAAUCAAUCACUGCUAUUUGUUUCUUUGUUGUAUUACUGAUUUGGAUUGUAGAUUAUUGUUUGUAAAAUAGCUAGAUUGACAAAAGUUUUGAGAAAGUAUCGAGUCUUUGUACAAAAACUUUUUUUUCUCACUCUUGUUACAUCAUAGUUCAUAAUCCUCUCCUCUCCUUAAACCAAACUAUUUUUGAAUUGAAUUACAAGAUCAAUGAUUACA